AUGAUAAAGAAACCUUUUGUUCAUUUCGUUUUGUUAAAAUGCAUUACCGUGAUACUUUUCUUAUUUAUUAUUUUCGUUGAGGCGUUUAAAGAAAAUAAGAGAAAUAAACCGAAACGUUUUCCUUUUUUUAUUCCGUUGAAUAUUAUGAAAUGUAGAAAAAAAAUGUAUCUAAUAAGGAGUAAAAUAGGGCAUGGAAGAAAAAUAUUGGAGAUGAAGAAAAGGAAUUUCAGUUUAAAUAUGGAGGAAGAAUCAUUUAUUGAUAAGAAUGAAGAAAAUAAAGAAUGUAGUAAUAAAAAUAUGGAUAUAAAUACAAUUAAUAAUUUUCAUAUGAACAAUAAUUUUGCAUCCAAUGAAAAAAAAAAAUAUAUAUAUAGUGAUAAUAUACCAACUCAUUACAAUGAAUCGAAGAACAAUAUGAUUAAUACUUUUACAAAUUAUGAUGAAAUAAAAAAAGAAUAUCUUUUAAAAAUUAUGAGUAAUAAAGAAACGAUAUAUGCCCUUAGUUCGGGUAACGUGAGAAGUGCUAUAAGUGUGAUAAGAAUAUCUGGUCCGUUGAGUAAAAUGAUAUUGGAAAUAUUGUUACACAAUGGAAAAGAUAAUAACAACAACAAUAGUAAUAGUAAUAAUAAUAGUAAUAAUAAUAGUAAUAAUAUUAAUAAUAAUAAUAGUAAUAAUAUUAAUAAUGUCACUUAUAAUAAUAUUACUUGUAAUAAAGAUCGAGAAAGACAAUAUUUAAAAAAAAAUAAUAUUAAUGAUAUAGGUAACUUAAAAGGAAUCACAAAUGAUGUAUGCCAAUCAUCAAAUGAACUAGGGGAAAAAAAAAAACAAGGUGAUUAUAAUUUAUGUGAUAUAAUACAUAUGAGAAAAAAUAUGGAAGCAAGAAAAUUAUAUAUAGGAAAAUUAUAUGAUAAAAAUAAUGAUAUGAUUGAUAUAAUUAUGUAUAGUUAUUUUAAAGAACCUAAUUCAUAUACAGGUGAAGAAUUGAUAGAAAUUUAUUGUCAUGGAAAUAUGUUGAUCGUAAAAGAAAUAAUGAGUGCUAUAAAUAAUAUGAAUGAAUUAUUUUAUAAAAUAUUAAUUGAAGAAAGACAAAAUAAUAUAUAUAAUAAUAAUAAUAGUAUAAUAUAUGAUAGAAAUGGUGGUGAUAAUAAUAAUAAUAUUAUAAACGAUCAUAUAUUUUAUGAAAAAAUUAAUGAGUGUCAUAAUAACUUUAUAAAAAUAAGAGAAAGCUAUAAAGGGGAAUUUACUAGAAGAGCAUUUGAUAAUAACAAAAUGAGUUUGUUACAAAUUGAAGGAUUAAAAGAAUUAUUAUUCUGCAAACAAAAAGUACAAAAACAAAUUGCAUUGAAUUAUAUGAAUGGAUAUGCAAAAAAUAUUUAUUUAAAAUUAAAAAACUUAUUAAAAGAAUUAUUAGUAUAUACUGAAUUAAAAAUAGAUUUUGAAGAAGAACAUAUAACAUCACAAAAAGAAAAAGAAGAAAUACAAAAUAUGCUUUUAAAAAAAAUAAGAGAAGGUAUUAAUCAUAUUAAUUAUAUUUUAAAAAAAAGUAAUGUAGAAGAUAUAUCUAAUUCUUCUGAUAUUUUAUUAUUUGGAAAUGUAAAUUCUGGAAAAAGCACACUAAUGAAUAAUAUAUGUAAUAAUGAUAUAUCUAUAGUAACAAAUAUUAAAGGAUCAACUAUAGAUAUAAUACAAAAAAAUAUUCAAAUUUUUAAUAACUCUUAUAAUUUAUGUGACUCAGCCGGAGUUAUAAAAAGUGAAAAGAUAAAAUAUGCUAAUGAAAAAAAAAGGAAAAAAAAUAUCCAUAAAACACUUGAAUCUAUGGGUAUUAAAAAAACACUAUCCUUUUUAAAAAAUAAUUGCAUAUCUGCAUUUGUAUUAUUAAAUAUUAAAAACUACAAGAAGGAACUGAUAAAUAUAAUAACAAUUUUGAAUCAUCAUUUUAAAGUAAAGGAAAAAAAAAACAUCACAGGGAUACAAAAUAAAACGAAAAUAAUGAAAAAAAAAAUAAUGAAAAAAAUAAUGAAAAAAAUAAUGAAAAAAAAAAUGAAAAAAAUAAUGAAAAAAAAAAUGAAGAUUCCUUAUUUCAUUUUUUGUGUAAAUAAAUGUGAUUUGGUAAGUACAUGUGAAUUCUCAAAAAUAAAAAAAAAAAUAAAAAAAUAUUUACUAGCCAAUUUAAGUCCACACAUAUUAAAACGUUGUAGCAAAAAAAUCUUUUUUAUAUCAUCCAAAAAUGGAUAUAAUAUUGACACAUUACUAAAAUAUUUAAAUGAUAAAAUGAUUAAGGAAAGAAAAAUAUUUGAUCAAAAAAUUUCAGAAGGAAACAAUAUAAUGUUCUUACCAUUUGAAAGACAUAAAUUAUAUUUAAAAAAAGCUAUAAACCAUUUAUUCUUUAUAGAAAAAAAUAUACAUAAUAUGACCUUUGAUAUAAUAUCUGAAGAAAUUAAACUAGCUGUCAAUUCUUUAAAUAGUAUUAUAGGUACAAUUAAAAAUGAGCAAAUAUUAAAUAAAAUUUUGGAUAGUUUUUGUAUAGGAAAGUAA